AUGUCGACUGCUUCGUCUGCUGCUGAAGAUUCGGACGAAUCCAGAUAUCCAUUGUCGUAUGUCUCCAAGAAACGAAAACGUGCCGAAGUUGAAAGCACUUCUGCACCAAAACCUCGGUUACAGAGCGAUCUUUCCGUUACAGAAACCAUCAACCAGCUUAGGCUCAGUUCCAGUCUAAGCUCUAGUUAUGACUUAAGUAACCUGGCAUCUGGAUUCGAAAUGAAUGCAGAUACAAAUAACGGCGCAAAUACUAGCGACGCAGAUAAUAUAAAUUAUAUAAACGAAGCCGAUGAAAAAGAAAUAUAUUGGUGGUCGACUAAGGCGUCUCUAGGUUCUCUGGAUAUCGAUGAAAAAAGAUUGCCUCUAGUUUUAGCAAGAGACGUAACAUUUAGUCAGUUCGCGAAACGAGUUGAAAUUAUUAAAGCUAGGAGGUUCUUGGAUUAUCAAAAUGGCACUGUAACUAUUAUUGAGCUGCCUACUGCCGAACACGAAAUUACGCAUGCCAAAUUUACCCGUCAGUUUACAAGUGCAUUCAAUAAUGUAUCAGCACAAGAUGAUAUAUGUGUCUUGGGCGCAAUAAAGUUAUACACUAAUCUUCCAAGCAACGAAUAUCAAGAGCCAGAUGCAUGUUUUAUACCAAGACGUCUAUUGGGUCAACCAGCACAAAAUCCUUGUGAUCGGAAUGGAAAUCCAUGGCCUAGCAUAAUUUUUGAAGUCGCUUCUUCGGAAACACUUCAACAUGUGAAGGCCAAAAUAAACAAGUUUUGGCUGGCACCGAAUCGCUGUGAAGACGUUAUCGUUAUAAAAUUAGGUAAUUGGGAGAGAAGAUGCCGUAAUACGACGACUAGACGCCCUUUGCGUCGUUUGCGGUGCCUCAAAUUUUGUCGGGCUGCAACUCUUCGACAAAACCCAAAUGCGACAAGAUUCGAACCAAUUGAAGAGAUUGAGUUCGGAUCUGUAUAUGCGAAUGGAAGGGAGAGCCAAUUUUGCAGUAAUCCUCAUAUGAAAUGGAUUACAAUCGAUUGUGAUUGCAUCUAUGCUGAUUGCGCACAACCUCCUCCCCUUCCUUCGUUUUAUACGAUUAUUUCUUCACAGCAGCCAUAUCCCCAGCCCCAAUCGCUUCUUCAAAGACCAGGAGUUGCGAUUGACUUAUAUGAUAUCCAACAAGAUAUCUUUCUGGCGAUGGGACCAAAUUAA